AUAAGAUCUCGUUUAGGAUACAAUCAGUAAUAUAAUAAUCGCGAUCCUGUACCAAAAAAAUUGAGAAAACACGAAGAAAACUAAAAAAGCUCUUCUUGAACAAAAAUACAUUUUUGAAAAUAAGAAUUCGAUAAAUAUCAAUGAGGUUCUAAAAAGUUUGUCAUUCUAAAUCUUUGAUUUUUUGGUGUAUUCUUUUGUGAGAAAAAUGAGUGUAGAUCAUUUUCAACACUAGCAGUUAACACCAUCAAACAUUUUCAAGACGGUCAUUGAUGGGAUCAUGAUUUUCCACGAUAAACUAUCGAUAAAAACUCAGAAAGAAUUCUGUUCCAUAGUGGAUGGAUUUGAUUGAAGAAUAGUACACGCACCAAACGACAGAUGCGCUUGUUGAUAGCUAUCGAGUGACAGAAAAACAGCGCGCAUGGAUCGUCUGCGCAAGAAGGCUCCGGACGGCGGAUCAGACAUGCAUGGUCACAAGAAAAAAAAACUCAGUCCAAUUUCUCCACUGUAAACUGUAGCGAGCAUAGACGGGAACUACUUUGAUUGAUCGUUAGAACAAUUGAUUUCUUGACCAACACGUGGCGGGAUCAAAUGACUCAAACACUUUGACUUUGGGAAGUUUGCCUACCUGUUUCGAACAUUUAUAAACUCAUGAAUUAAUUUCGCACAUGCAUAAUAUAAGAAUAAUCAACAAUAGCAUGACAAACUGGAGCCAACGACCAAAUCUACAAGUAAUUCAAAAUCAAUAACCAAACGAUCAAAUCCUCUGCCUUUGGUACUUGAAAGUUCCAAAAAAAUUAAGUUUGAUAAGAUAGAAGAAUCGCAAAUGACACGGAAUCAAGAGGAUUCAUUCGCUUUGAUCGACAAAUUGAACGAUGAUUGUUUGGAGAGAAUAUUUCAGUUUUUCCCUUAUAAAAAUCGUAUUGCAGUAGAGAGAGUAUGUAAAAGAUGGCAAAUUGUGUCCCAACGCUCGUGGAUCGACAUUAACUAUAUAUGGCAAGCUUUCAUGGUCGAAAAGAAUAUCACUGACGAGAAAAUCUUUCAGGUAUUGCAGAGGGGUGUCGUGUACUUAAAAAAAGUUUGCAUGUGCUACAGUAAAGAGGACGUAAAUCCUUUACGCUCAGAUUUGGAGAUGCGAUCAAGGAUAUUUAAUUUGUUGAAAGAGAAAGCCGUCAACUUGAGAACAAUUUUUUGGACAUUUCAAGUCCGUCAUGACGACGUUGUCGAGUUUUUAUUGAAACGCGUGGGGCAGUUCAACGAAAUGAUAGUUUGCCCUGUGUAUCCCCCUAUGCGCGAUGAAACUUUGAGAAAGAUUUUCAACAAAGCAACCAAGCUGAAAGUAUUAACAUGGAAUUGGAAUUGUUGGUUCAGUUUGGAGGGUCAAAUGAAUGAGUUUGCUGGCAUGUUACCGAGCACACUCGAACAAAUAAAAUUCAUGUGAAAUGUUAAUAGUAUCUGUUCGAAUCUUGAUAAGGUAAGAAAAAAAUUACUUUCGGAGGCAAUUCAAAGCCUUACUUGAAAAUUAUUAGUAUACUAUUUCGUCGCUCAAUUUGUUGUUCAGAUCUAGUAGAAAUAUGGGAUAUUCAGUGAAAUUUUCCAUCCAGUUAUAACAAACAAUACUCAAACAAUACUCAAUAAUUUUUAUUCAAAAGUUUUUUAUUUAAAUCUCGGAUAUAGAAAAUAUAUCUCUGCGGGUGUACAAGGUCACUAGUGGCUCAGUGGGGUAGUUGGAACGUGGAUGAUUCAUAUUUUUUGGAAACAUUAUUUUGAGCGUUUUUCAUUAAUAAAUUAUUGA